AUUUCUAUUGUGCUGUGUUACUUGGAUAGCACUCCUAGACCAUCAUGGCCACCACAACAGAGAUAAUUGGAAAGUCCUGGGCAGACGACGUUGACGAGCCCAUCAUCCAACAUCCCAGAGUAGAAGAGACAGUAGACGAGAACGGUAUCUACACCGUCGUCGAAUACACCACCAACGAGGAAGGGAAGAAGAUCAAAAUCACACGCAAGAUCCGCAAGAUGCUCAAAACGUCCGUGGUGGAUCACGCAGUUGCAGAGCGGAAGCACUGGACAAAAUUCGGUAUCGAGAAGGGGAACAAGGCCGGUCCGGAUCGGGCGACGACGACCGUGAGCGAACCGAUCGAGCUGAAGCUGCAGGCUGGAGGUGUCAAGCAAGCGGAGCCGGAGCAGGAUGACGCGGCGGCGAUGAAGGCCAAGCUGGGGAACAAGAAGGUUGUUUGUAGGAUCUGUCAGGGUGACCAUUUUACCGCUCGUUGUCCUUACAAGGAAACGCUCGAGCCUAUGGGACUCGGUGCUCCCGGUGCAGAGACGCCUAUGGACGGAGCGGACACUCCACAGAACGAGCCUGCCGCUGCUGCUCCCACCACUGGGGGAAAGUACGUCCCUCCCUCUAUGCGUGCGGGAGCGAGCCGCGGAGGGGAAUCCAUGUACAAAGCCGGUGGUUCAAGGGAAGACAUGCCCACUCUGCGUGUGACGAACCUGUCUGAGGAUGCGGAGGAAGACGACCUGCGCGACCUGUUCCAGCGCUUUGGACGCGUGGCGAGGGUGUUCAUCGGCCGGGAUCGCGAGACUGGCGUGGGGAAGGGAUAUGCGUUCGUUAGCUUUGAGGAUAGGGAUUCGGCCCAGCGUGCACUGGACAGAGUGCAUGGGAUGGGGUAUGCGAACUUGAUCCUGAGCGUGCAGUGGUCUGUCCCGCGCGAACAAAGGGCAGGUGCAUAGAGUCGGCUGGGUAUGUACAGCGGGUUGUCGGCGUAAUUGUAUGACUAUGAUUCGGUCGCACGCUGUUAUUAUUUCGCUU